UCACAAAUAUACGGUGAUGUGAUAAUCGAGCGCACCCUGUGUGCACUGAGUGACUGUGUGUGAAUGAAAUAAACAAAGAGCCGGUGACUUCUCAGGCUAACAGAAAACGCUCCUCAAGCUAAACAAAAACAUGGAAACUGGUCUAAGUCAGGAGAAGGUAGCCACCUUCCUUAAGCGGCUGCGGGCCGAGCCACGUUACCUGUUGGCCCAAAACGUAUCAACCUGCAUUGACCCGUUGGAGGUUUGUCUGCACCGGCAGACUGUCCAGGAUACAGUGCAUAUCUUUCAGCACUCUAUUCCCACGGAAGGCAAGCCCAUUACCAACCAGAAAAACUCAGGGAGAUGUUGGAUCUUCUCGUGCCUCAAUGUCAUGCGGCUUCCCUUCAUGAAGAAGUUUAACAUAGAAGAGUUUGAGUUUAGUCAGUCGCAUCUCUUUUUCUGGGACAAGAUCGAGCGAUGCUACUACUUUCUCCAGGCCUGUGUAGAGACAGCACAGAGGAAAGCCCCAGUGGACGGACGCCUAGUCCAGUUCUUGCUUUCGAAUCCAACCAAUGAUGGAGGACAGUGGGACAUGCUGGCCAACCUCAUUGAAAAAUAUGGAGUCAUCCCAAAGAAAUGCUUUCCAGAGUCACACAGCUCAGAGGCCUCACGGAGAAUGAAUGACAUCCUUAACCAUAAGCUGAGAGAAUACUGCCUAAGACUGAGGAACAUGGUGGCCAGUGAUGCAACUAAAGCUGAACUGCAUGAUGCUAUGGACACCAUGAUCGAGGAGGUGUUCCGUGUGGCCAGCGUUUGUCUAGGCAGCCCCCCGGAGACCAUCUGUUGGGAAUACAGAGACAAGGACAAGAACUUCCAUCGUAUGGGACCACUCACCCCUCAGGAGUUCUACAGAGAGCAUGUCAAACCCCUAUACAACAUUCAGGACAAGGUCUGCCUUGUGAACGACCCUCGACCCCAAAACCCUUACGGGAAGCUGUACAGUGUUGAGUUUCUAGGUAACAUGGUCGGUGGCCGCAGCACUCUGUAUAACAAUCAGCCAAUCCAGCUGCUUAAAAAGGCUGCGGCUGAUUCCAUCAAGGACGGAGAGGCAGUGUGGUUUGGUUGUGACGUCGGAAAACAUUUCCACGGCAAGCUGGGCAUUAAUGACUUGAAUGUGUUCAACCAUGAGCUCGUGUUUGGAGUCUCUGUGAAGAACCUUUCGAAGGCAGAACGACUGAUAUUUGGAGACUCUCUCAUGACCCACGCCAUGAUUCUCACUGCUGUCACAGACAAGGACGGGAAAGAAGGCUUUGAGAAGUGGAGGGUGGAAAACUCCUGGGGAGAUGAUCGUGGGAACAAAGGUUACCUGAUCAUGACGGAUGAUUGGUUCUCCGAGUAUGUGUACGAGGUGGUGGUAGAUAAAAAGUUCCUAACCUCCGACGUCCUGGAAGUGAUGCAACAGGAGCCAGUUGUACUUCCUGCCUGGGACCCGAUGGGGGCGCUGGCCUAACUAAAGAAAUCAAGGUUUUAGCCCCAACCUCGGAUCUAUUCAACUCCGCCCUAUUCCCUGGCUGCUUUGACUUCUCCAAUUAUUACCCCACACAUCCUUCCAAACAAGCCUGUUCCUCUAGAUAAAAUAAUAAAGGUUUUGAUUUCUUUUGUACUUCA